UUAAUUUUUGGUAAAUUUAAAAAUAGGAUUCACAGGGCAAAGAAACGCGCGCAUGUAUGCGUCAGCUGGUUUGUGUCAAUUGAUCACAUGACAAGUCCCGUGACCAGGUUGAUAAUAGAACGAACGUCAACCUAAUUGCGUCAAAUAUGGCCGCGUUAAAGUGCGGAUCGAACGAUCAGAUUCCUACGGAUUUGUCAAAGUCGCCAAUAUUUUCAAACGCCACAGUUGAAACGAUAAAGGAGCAUGAAACUUGUGGAAUACCGCUUCAAACUUCAUGGACUUUUUGGCUGGACAAAGCCAUUUCUGGAACAACGGCCGAAGAAUACAAGGCUAAUUUGAAGAAAAUUUACACGGUCAACACAGUUCAAAGUUUUUGGGCGGUGUUCAACAACAUACCUAGUGCUGGGGAUAUUCAGGUUCGAUACAGUUAUCACUUGAUGAGAGACGAGAGAUACCCGCUCUGGGAGGAACCUGUUAAUCAGCGUGGCGGAACAUGGAGGCUGAAGUGUCACAAGUAUGACACGGCUGGCGUUUGGAAAGAAAUCGUCUUAGCUGCGAUAGGUGAGCAGUUUUCCGAUAGCGUAGCUGAAGGUGACGAAAUAUGCGGAGUAACAGUCUCUAUCAGAGACCGAGACGAUUUGAUACAGAUCUGGAACAUCGAUGCAGCUUUGGCUUCGAAUGCAACCGUUCUUAAAAAAGUUCACCAACUAUUACCGGAGGUUACCUUUCCUGCGGAGUUUUACAAACCUCAUCAAUCGAAUUAUGCAUAUGGUCGUUGCUGAAGAUGGAUCGGCGUAACUAUUUGAUUAAGUAUAAUUGGAAAUCCAGGUAUGUUAAUCGGGGCAUUUGUCGAAGGCAGGUGGUUAAUGACUAGUAACGAAGAAUUUCAUGUGCCAAGAGAGAGACGGAAAGACAGAAAGAGAGAGAGAGAGUGAGUGAGUGAGAUUUUUGUUAACCAGAGCAGUUAAUCAACUAAAUUGUAAAUCUUUUAUAUUCCUAGGAAAUUCAUAUGUUUUAAUAUUUGGUGAGCAAUGUGAUACUGAAUUUGACUACAUAUAUUUACAUCACUAGAAAUUGAUGUAUUAUUGCUAUUUGUUGAAUAUAUUUUUUUACACUUAA